GCUUGGUGUUCUCUCCUCUCGCUACCAUGUUGGCCCACACAUCACAAGUCAACCUCCCUUCCUCGGCCCACUUGGCGAGUUGCUCCUUCCCGUGCUCCGCCGGCCGUAUAGUCAAAACCAACGAGUCCCCGACGCCGGCGAGCUCCCCGGCCGAGCAUAAGAGGCGGCCAUGGCGGCGGGCACCGCAUCGCCACCGCCGGACGCGGAGCCUCCCGAGUGCCCGGUGUGCCUCUCCCCCUUCGACGCCGCCUCCGCCGCGCCGCGGGUCCUCCCGUGCGGCCACUCCCUCUGCGGCCCCUGCAUCGCCUCCCUCCCGCCGGCCUCCGCCUCCGCCUCCGCCUCCGCCGCCUCGCUCCGCUGCCCUCUCUGCUCCCAGUGCGUCCCUUUCUCCCGCGCUCUCGGGCCCUCCUCCCUCCCCAAAAACCUCGCCCUCAUCUCCCUCCUCCCCUCGCCCCCAAACCCCUCUCGUUCUCGCACCGCCGCCGCGGCGCCGCCGCCUCCUCAUGUCCCGCUCCACGCGGACCACUCGCGUCUCCUCUCCCGCUUCCGCCACGCCGUCCUCCCGGAGUCCGCUUCGCCGCUCCACUCGCCCGCUCCCGCCGCGGGCCUCGCCAUCGGGUCCUUCGCUUCCGACCUCGGCGCCCCGUGGUUCUGCCCGCGUGGCCACCCCGUAAGCCUCCUCCCGAUCGAAACCCCCGCCGCCGCCGCCAAGCAGGAGUCCCCGUUGUACUACCGGCCCAGCCACGCGGCGCGGGUGGCCGCCGCGAUCGAUGCGCUGAGCGCCGCGGCGAGGGAUGAAGUGAUCGAUUUGGUGGCCGUCUCGUCGCGGUUGGCGCGGCGGGUUUGCAGGGUUUACGGCUUCUGGAUGGGCCCCGAGGCGGCUCCGCUGUGGCUGCUCUCCGAGCGGCAUUCCCGCGGAGUCUCCUGCUUGUUGGAGGAGAGGAGCCGACGAGAGGAGACGGUGGCUCUGAUCAGAAAUGUCGGAAUGGAGGUCUGUGAAGCGUUCAUGGGAUUGCACGGAGAGGGGCUGGUACUGGGGUGCAUAGGGCUAGGAUGCUUCUGCCUCGAUCGCUUUGGACACUGCCUGCUCGACCUGAAUCAGGUUUUGGCCUUGUGCCACGGGGUUCGGGUAGGGGUUUGCUCAUCCAAGUCUAAGGCCUUCAUGGCUCCUGAGGUGGCAGAGGUGGUGCAUGACAAGUUGCAGAUAAAGGAUCAUGAUUUCAGUGGCUUGUUAGGGCCUAGUUCAGAUGCUUGGUUGCUUGGUUGUUUAUUGGUGGCACUUGUAACUGGGGAUGAGCAGCUUGCAGCAGGAUGGAGUACUGAGGGGUCAUACGAUGAUUGGAAGAAUGAAGUGCUUACGAAGGUUGAUGCUUCAUUGGUUGGCACACAUAUGGAACCAUGGUCUGCAACCAUAGUGUCAUGUUUGAACUAUGAUCCAGAAGGCCGUCCAGAAAUUGCUGAUGUCUGGAAAUGUAUUAACGGCUCAUUGAUGAAUUCCGACAUUGAAGCUUUGAUUCCUAAUGUUGAUCUUGCAGCUCGAAAGAGUUUUAUGUGUUUGCUCCUUGGGGAGUUGUCCUCAAUGUGCUCUAACCUUGGUGCUGUUGAGUCAGAUGAUACAAUGCAUCUUUCUCAGGAUUUGGAUGACAAACAUUCAACUCCAGAUGAUGCAAGCAGUGGUGGUAUUAUAAACAACGAAGAAGUUGGUGCAGCUGGAAUGGAUGGGCCAAAAUGUGGACUGUACAAUUCUUCAACUCUGCUUGCUCACCGUGACUGUAUUACGGGAUUAGCCAUUGGAGGAGGCUUUUUGUUUAGCUCUUCUUACGACAAGACAAUCAAUGUAUGGUCACUGCAGGACUUCUCUCAUAAACAAAGUUUGAAGGGCCAUGAACACAAAAUCACAGCAAUUGUUGUUGUUGACAAUGAUAAUCAGUCACUUUGUAUAAGUGGAGACAGUGGUAGUGGAAUAUUUGUCUGGUGUGUUGAUCCUUCACUCAGUAAUGAACCAUUGAAUAAGUGGUAUGAAAGUAAUGAUUGGAUUUAUCGAGGUGUUCACUGUUUGGCUGUUUCUGGAACUGGUUAUCUUUACACUGGUAGUAGAGACAAAUCUAUUAAGGCUUGGUCUCUAGAGGAUUAUUCACUACGCUGCACAAUGACAGGUCACAAAUCAACUGUUUCUUGCCUUGCGGUUGCCUGUGGUAUUCUUUACAGUGGAAGUUGGGAUGGUUCUAUUAGAUCAUGGUGGCUCACUGAUCACAGCCCGCUGUCUGUACUGGAAGAUGGUACACCAGGAAGCAUUACUCCUGUGCUGUCAAUUUCAACAGAACUCGAUUUUGUUGUUGCAUCAUAUGAAAAUGGCUGUUUGAAGAUCUGGAAGGAUGAUGUCCUAGUAAAGUCAGAGAAACUUCAAAACGGUGCUAUAUAUGCUGCUAAAUUGAAUGACAAGUGGCUCUAUGCUGGUGGAUGGGAUAAAGUUGUAAAUAUUCAGGAGUUAUUGGAAGAUGAUUCAGAGGUGGAAAUCAGAGAUGUUGCUACCUUUACUUGUGAUUCAAUUAUAACUUCAAUACUGUACUGGGAUGGAAGGCUGAUAGUUGGACUUUCUAACAGGGAGAUUAAGGUUCAUAUUUUACCAGGUUUUCUACAAGGCAUCUUAACUCUAAAUCAGGAUUAUUAAUCAUUUGUCACUCCAUCUUGUAUAUAUUGUGAAUAGCACACUGUAUAGUCGAAUUGAUAACGAAAGACUGAUAGGACCAUGUAAUUAGAAUUUGAAUGCUGCUUUUGGUGAAUGAUGAUAAACCUGUAUGGUAAAGUUUGAGUGCAACUGCACAAUAGGGUAAGGUUUUUUGUAACAGUAGUAUCAUAUAGAAACCAUCGAAGUCGUAGCUCAUAUCAAUUUGUUUCUUCUACUAGAAAAAUCAUGGAAUUUGUUCUUCAAUCCCAUUUUACUUCAAGAAAAUUGAUAACCUCAUAGUGAUUCUUGAUCACUUGCCACUCUAGUAAAUUGAACAUUUCUCGCUUUUGCCUAUGUUAUUUUUUUAUUUAUUUUUGCUGAAUAUGACACUUCUAGGGCCCCUUUAAAUCAAAGGAUUUAUAUAGGAAUUUCAUAGGAUUCAAAUAUUAUAGAAAAUUUUCCUAUUUGGCCAUUUGAUUAAAAAGGAUUGAAGCUUUUCAAAUCCUAUGAAAUUUCUAUGGAAUGAUACAUUGUAUGUAGAUUUUGAAGGAAACUUAUCAAGAGCUCCAACCUCGUGGAAAAUUUCCUUU